AUGGCCGAUGGCGGCCCCACUGCACAGACGAUGCGGUUCGACAAGGCUGUCGCGACAGCCUGCGGCUCAUUUGCAGUCACCAACGUUGACGACUUGUUUGUGCUAGCGACCUUUUUCGCCGAGGCGACAGCCGGCCGCAGCGGCCUGACACCGCUCAAGAUCACGCUGGGCCAGUACUUUGGCUUCACCGGCAUCAUCAUCGUCAGCCUGGCUGGCUUUGGCGUGUCGCUCGUCGUGCCAGCCGAGCCGAUCGGCUUUCUCGGCCUGGUCCCAUUGCUGCUGGGCAUCUGGAAGUUGGCUGGCGCUAUUGCCCCGGCAGGCGGGAAUGCCGACGAGGAAGAGCCGCGAGAACAGCCGAACGUGCGACAAGGAAAGACGUCUAGGACAGCCGGCGUCAGAAGCGUGCUCAAGGUGGCGGCCGUGACCAUGAUGAACGGCGGGGACAACGUGGGGACAUACAUCCCGCUGUUUUCGCAGGCCAGGGGGGCCGAGAUUGUCGUGUACGCGGCCAUGUACUACCUCAUGCUCGGGCUGUGGUGUGCGGCUGCCUUUUUGGCCAUGCGGCAGCAGCAUGUCCUGCGCCUGGCCCGGAAGUACUCACGCGUCCUGGUGCCGCUACUCUACACCGGCAUUGGCACCUACAUCAUCGUCAAGUCGCAGUGCUAUCCGUGGUCGGUUGCGCGCAUCGACCACUCGGUCUCUGGCCACCACGGAGCGACAAUUUUGGCUGUUGCCACGACAGUCUUGUUGCUGACAUAUUUGGGCGUUGUGCUAUGGGUGAGGCUGCGCGCACAGCUACAAGCACUGGUGUUGCAUGCUCGGACCCAAAGGCAGGAAGAAGAUACAGAGCUGCGAAGUCUCGAGGCGGAUGGACACUGCCGAGAUAUCUGUUAG